AUUUGUGAGUUCAUUCGCUCUUUCUGUCAGUCCGGCACUCCUGAAGGGAGGGGGUGAAAUAACAAAGACCUUGGGGACCGACUCUUGCAAUUUACUUUUUGAGUGCUGAGAGCGACCGGAACAGAAACUGUACCAGAACGGAUAGACAGGCAUCGCCUUAGCCUUCCUCUAACCUUAAGUUCCUUCCUUUCCGUAACGGGAUGGAGGACGCUUUCACUAAGACCCCGGCCGAGGUCUUGGCCUACUUCGGGGUUAACGAAAAUACUGGACUCAGCCCAGACCAGUUCAAGAGGCAACUGGACAAGUUUGGCUACAAUGAGCUUCCCGCUGAGGAGGGUAAGUCCGUGUGGGAGCUGAUCAUCGAGCAGUUUGAGGAUCUGUUGGUCAGAAUCCUGCUGCUGGCUGCCUGCAUUUCCUUUGUGCUGGCUUGGUUUGAGGAAGGUGAGGAGACCGUCACUGCUUUCGUUGAGCCACUUGUCAUCUUGCUCAUUCUCAUCGCUAAUGCUGUCGUCGGUGUGUGGCAGGAGCGUAACGCUGAGAGCGCCAUUGAGGCUCUGAAGGAGUACGAGCCUGAGAUGGGCAAAGUCUACCGUUCGGACAGAAAGAGCGUGAUGAUGAUUAAGGCCAGAGAGAUCGUGCCUGGAGACAUCGUCGAGGUGUCCGUUGGUGACAAAGUCCCCGCUGACAUCAGAAUCAUUGCCAUCAGGUCCACUACCCUCCGCAUUGACCAGUCCAUCCUCACUGGUGAGUCUGUGAGUGUGAUCAAGCACACUGAUCCCGUUCCCGACCCAAGGUCCGUCAACCAGGACAAGAAGAACAUGCUUUUCUCUGGUACCAACGUUGCUGCUGGCAAGGCCAUCGGCGUGUGCACAGCCACCGGCGUGGCCACCGAGAUCGGUAAGAUCCGCGACCAGAUGGCCGCCACCGAGCAAGAGAAGACCCCCCUGCAGGCCAAGCUGGACGAGUUCGGCGAGCAGCUGUCCAAGGUCAUCACCCUCAUCUGCAUCGCCGUGUGGAUGAUCAACAUCGGCCACUUCAACGACCCCAUCCACGGUGGCUCCUGGAUCCGCGGCGCCGUCUACUACUUCAAGAUCGCCGUCGCCCUGGCUGUGGCCGCUAUCCCUGAGGGUCUGCCCGCCGUCAUCACCACCUGCCUGGCUCUGGGUACCCGCCGUAUGGCCAAGAAGAACGCCAUCGUCCGCUCCCUGCCCUCCGUGGAGACCCUGGGCUGCACCUCCGUCAUCUGCUCCGACAAGACCGGCACCCUGACCACCAACCAGAUGUGUGUCACCAAGAUGUUCGUCAUUGACAAUGUCGAUGGCGAUCACGUUUCCCUGAACAAGUUUGAUAUCUCUGGCUCCAAGUACACCCCUGAGGGAGAAGUGACCCAGGGUGGUAGCAAGGUGAAGUGCGGUCAGCAUGAUGGUCUUGUUGAGCUGGCUACCAUCUGCGCUCUGUGCAACGACUCCUCUCUGGAUUACAACGAGUCUAAGGGCAUCUUUGAGAAGGUCGGUGAGGCCACUGAGACCGCCCUGUGCUGCCUGGUUGAGAAGAUGAAUGUGUUCAACUCCAACGUCUCUGGCCUGUCCAAGCCCGAGAGAGCCAAUGCCUGCUGCUCCGUCAUCAAGCAGCUGAUGAAGAAGAACUUCACCCUGGAGUUCUCCCGUGACAGGAAGUCCAUGUCUGCUUACUGCACCCCCACCAAGGGUGAUGGAGGCGCCAAGAUGUUCGUCAAGGGUGCCCCCGAGGGUGUGAUUGACAGGUGCACAUACGUCCGUGUUGGCACCACCCGCGUGCCUCUGACCGGCCCAGUGAAGGACAAGAUCAUGGCCACCAUCAAGGAGUGGGGCACUGGCAGAGACACCCUGCGCUGCCUGGCACUGGCCACCCGUGACAGCCCACUCAAGGUCGAGGAGAUGAAACUGGAGGACGCCACCAAGUUUGUCGAUUAUGAGACUGACCUGACCUUUGUUGGCUGCGUUGGCAUGCUGGACCCACCACGUAAGGAGGUCAUGGCUUCCAUUGAGGAGUGCAGAAGUGCUGGCAUUCGCGUCGUUAUGAUCACUGGUGACAACAAGGGCACCGCCGUGGCCAUUUGCCGCCGUAUUGGCAUCUUCAAAGAGGACGAGGAUGUGACGGGCAAGGCCUACACCGGCCGCGAGUUUGACGACCUCCCCCACAGCGAGCAGGGCCCUGCCGUCAAGAAGGCCUCCUGCUACGCCCGCGUCGAGCCCUCCCACAAGAGCAAGAUCGUUGAGUUCCUCCAAGGUUACGAUGAGAUUACCGCCAUGACCGGUGAUGGUGUGAACGAUGCCCCUGCCCUGAAGAAGGCAGAGAUUGGCAUUGCCAUGGGCUCUGGCACUGCUGUUGCCAAGACAGCCUCUGAGAUGGUCCUGGCCGACGACAACUUCGCCUCCAUUGUGGCCGCCGUUGAGGAGGGCAGAGCCAUCUACAACAACAUGAAGCAGUUCAUCCGCUACCUCAUCUCCUCCAACGUCGGUGAGGUCGUCUGUAUCUUCCUGACAGCCGCCCUGGGUCUGCCAGAGGCUCUGAUCCCCGUCCAGCUGCUGUGGGUCAACCUGGUCACUGACGGUCUGCCCGCCACCGCCCUGGGCUUCAACCCCCCCGACCUGGACAUCAUGGGCAGGCCCCCCCGCUCCCCCAAAGAGCCCCUCAUCUCCGGGUGGCUCUUCUUCAGAUACAUGGUCAUUGGAGGAUACGUCGGUGCUGCCACUGUUGGUGGUGCUGCUUUCUGGUUCCUGUAUGAUGAGGAGGAGGGCCCCCAAGUUACCUACCACCAGCUGUCCCACUUCAUGCAGUGCCAUGGUGACCAUGAAGACUUCCAGGGCAUCGAUUGUGAGAUCUUCGAGGCCUCUCCCCCCAUGACCAUGGCCCUGUCUGUGCUGGUCACCAUUGAGAUGUUCAACGCCCUCAACAGCUUGUCUGAGAACCAGUCUCUGGUCCGUAUGCCCCCAUGGAGCAACUUCUGGCUGCUGGCUGCCAUGACCCUGUCUUUCUCCCUCCACUUCAUGAUCAUCUAUGUUGAUCCCCUGCCCAUGAUCUUCAAGUUGACCCACUUGACUGUUAAUCAGUGGAUGGUUGUGCUUAAGCUCUCCUUCCCUGUCAUCCUCUUCGACGAGGUUCUCAAAUUCGUUGCUCGCAACUACAUUGAUGUUUAAACCUGUCUACCUCCCUCCUUUCCCCUGUAACACAAAACAAGCUGGAGUGGAAAUCCGUUGAAAACUAGGGAAGAGAGAGAAAGAAAAAAGAGAGAGA